AUGGCAGCCCAUCAGGAGAAAAAACCUUCUGAAGAAAGAAAACACAAAAGCACCCAAAAUGAUACUCGAACAUCUCAAGUCCAGUGGGGAAGAGCAUGGGAGGUGGACUGGUUUUCCUUGGCGAGCAUCCUUUUCCUGCUCAUGUUUGCACCGCUUAUCGUAUAUUACUUCAUAAUGUCCUGUGACCAGUACCAGUGCUCUCUGACUGAUCCACUCAUUGACUUGCUUACGGGGAGUAAACAUCUGUCUGACAUCUGGAACAAGACUCCUACACUGACCUACAGGGCUGCUGGCAUCUAUACCCUUUGGGUCGCUUUCCAGGUGUUUUUGUAUGUGUGUAUUCCUGACUUCUGCCAUAAAUUUCUUCCUGGAUAUGUAGGAGGUGUACAAGAAGGUGCCGUCACCCCUGCUGGUGUAGUGAAUAUGUAUGAAAUCAAUGGACUUCAGGCAUGGAUCAUUACCCAUGUGCUUUGGUUUGCAAAUGCCUAUUACUUCCACUGGUUCUCACCCACCAUCAUUUUUGACAACUGGAUUCCUCUCCUGUGGUGUGCCAAUGCCCUGGGAUAUGCAGUUUCCACAUUUGCAAUGAUUAAAAGCUACUUUUUCCCUACCAAUGCCAAAGACUGCAAAUUCACUGGCAACUGCUUUUAUGACUACAUGAUGGGGAUUGAAUUUAACCCUCGAAUAGGAAAGUGGUUUGAUUUCAAGCUGUUCUUCAAUGGGCGCCCUGGUAUUGUAGCCUGGACUCUAAUUAACCUUUCCUAUGCUGCUAAACAACAGGAGCUGUAUGGUCAAGUAACCAACUCCAUGAUCCUUGUCAAUGUCCUUCAGGGUAUUUAUGUUUUGGACUUCUUCUGGAAUGAAGCCUGGUAUUUGAAAACAAUUGAUAUCUGCCAUGAUCAUUUUGGAUGGUAUUUGGGCUGGGGAGAUUGUGUUUGGUUGCCUUACCUCUAUACUUUGCAGGGUUUGUAUUUGGUUUACCACCCUGUCCAGCUGGGCACAGCUAAUGCCAUAGGGAUCUUGAUGUUGGGCUUGAUUGGCUAUUAUGUCUUCAGAAUGACGAACCACCAGAAGGACCUCUUCCGUCGUACAAAUGGCAACUGCAAGAUAUGGGGGAGGAAGCCAGCGUAUAUCGAGUGCUCCUACAUGUCUGCGGAUGGGACCAAGUACUACAGCAAACUGAUGACCUCAGGAUUCUGGGGGUGGGCACGCCAUUUUAACUACACAGGAGAUUUGAUGGGCUCCUUGGCCUAUUGCCUGACGUGUGGGUUUGAACACAUCUUGCCUUACUUCUACAUCAUUUAUAUGACUAUUCUGCUAACCCACCGUUGCAUUAGGGAUGAACACCGUUGUUUCAGCAAAUACGGGAAGGACUGGAAGCGCUACACUGCUGCAGUGCCUUACCGGCUCAUACCAGGAAUAUUUUGAGGCUAACGCAGAAUCCAGGGGACAGAAAAAAGAAAUUUUUUUGGGGAGGUGAAUAGAGUUUAUCCACAUAGUUAAAAUAACAAAAA